CUCUCUCUCUCCACUGAAACCGCAUUUUAUGCACAGUCGUUUCCUAACCUUUUUCCUAAUUUUCAUGUGCUGCUUUGUUUUGCCUCGGGUACCUAUAUUCUCUCUGUUUCCUCCGGCGAUCUCAGCAGGCAUCCCCAGAGCUACUGGUAGAAUUCACCAGCUCGGCUUUACCGGCAAGUUUUCUCUCUUUGCUUUCCGUUUCAGCAGAAAUCUAUGUUCUUGAGGUUGUUUGGUUCUGAAGUUGGAAACUUUGCCUGUGAUGGAAUUGAGGGCUGUGAGUAUGGUGAUGUUGUUGAGGAUGUUGAGGGCCUAAGUGGGUAAUUGGUGUGGUUUGGCCAAGUGGGCAGCUUGUUUUAGCACCAUGGAUAUGUUGUGUACUGUUUUUGGAUUUUUAGGGACCCUAAAGAGAAUAGUUCCCAGAAUUUAUGGGGUUGUAAUGUCAAGUUAUUGAUUUUCUAGGUGAAAUCUAGAAAUUCAUAGCUGGGUUCAUUUGGUUCUUGUUGAAUUGGGUAUUUAUUUCUGGAGUUUGACUGUAGUCAUUAUAGUAUUUCUGGAAUUUUGAUUUAUGGAGGCUUUUGGAGGCAGUGCUCGUAAUUUCUAUGGUCCGAUGGUGUCGGAUUUGAAGGCAGUUGGGAAGAAGAGUUUGGAAUGGGAUUUGAAUGAUUGUAAAUGGGACGGUGAUCUUUUUACUGCUAGUCCCUUGAAUUCUAUACCAUCUGAUUUUAGAAGUAGGCAGUUGUUCCCGGUCCAACCAGAAACUCCCUCCAAUGCUGGUUUGUCCAACAGUUCUUCUUCUGGUUCGGAUGAUAUCAGUCCAGGAAAUGAGAAAGGUAAAAGAGAAUUGGAGAAACGAAGAAGGGCUACUUUUGUAGAAAAUGAAGAGUUAAAUAAUGAAGCUGGGUCUCUCAAUCUUAAGCUUGGCGAGCAAGCUUACCCUAUCAUGGAAGGAGAGGUACAAACUGGGAAGAAGACAAAGAUAGUUGGGACUACUUUAAACCGAGCAGUUUGUCAGGUGGAAGACUGUAAGGCUGAUCUUAGCCAUGCCAAGGAUUACCACCGACGACAUAAGGUCUGUGAUAUGCAUUCUAAGGCAACUAAAGCACGGGUGGGAAAUGUUUUGCAGCGGUUCUGUCAACAGUGUAGCAGGUUUCAUGUUCUUCAAGAGUUUGAUGAAGGAAAGAGAAGUUGUCGUAGGCGUUUGGCUGGUCAUAAUAGGAGGAGAAGAAAAACACAUCCUGAUCCGGUAGUUAAUGGAGGCUCCUUGAAUGAUGAAAGAGGAAGCAGUUAUCUAUUGAUUAGUUUGCUGAGAAUACUCUCCAACAUGCACUCUAAUAGUUCUGAUCAAACGAAGGAUCAGGAUCUGCUAUCUCAUCUUUUGAGGAGUCUAGCCAAUCUUGCUGGUACAGUUGAUGGAAGGAGCAUAUCUGCAUUGCUGCCAGGAUCCCAAGGUUUACUUAAUAGUGGGCCAUCAGUCCAGACUGCACAAAAGAUCCCAGAUACAGUUUCCAAUGGCUGUGAACCCAGUAGGCCUUCUGUUUCGGCCUCUAAAAGGGAUGACUGUGUUAAUCUUGAGGACCCUUUAAGGCCCAUUCGACAGUGUCCUAUGGUACCUGCGUCAGAUCUGCUACAAAAGAGAAUAUCUUCAGUUGAUGCUGAUCAUAGAAGUCUACAAGUUGUUUCAGGUCUACAGGCUGCCAAGCCACUUCCCUCAAGAGACAGUGUUCCAUCCAAGUCAGUUGCACCAGAUGCUACAAUGGGGAGGAUGCAGUUAAAUGGCAUUGAUUUAAAUAAUACAUACGACGAUUCCCAGGACUAUUUAGAGAACCUGGGGAGUUCUCAUUCCCCUGUAAAUCCGGGGACAGUGUCUCUUGGUUUUCCCUUAUGGAUGCAGCAGGAGUCGCAAAAGUCUAGCCCACCUCAGACAAGUGGAACUUCAGACUCAACUUCUACUCAGUCACCAUCAACUUCUAGUGGAGAGGGUCAGAGUCGCACGGAUCGAAUUGUUUUUAAACUCUUUGGAAAAGACCCAAAUGAUCUUCCAUUUGUUCUGCGAUCACAGAUCCUCGACUGGUUGUCCCACAGUCCUUCAGACAUUGAAAGCUACAUAAGGCCAGGCUGUAUCAUUUUGACAAUUUACCUCCGUCUAGAAAAAUCCACGUGGGAGGAGCUCUGCUGUCAUCUGGGAUCCAAUUUGAAACGACUUUUACAUGCUGCGAAUGAUCCUUUUUGGACAACAGGAUGGGUGUAUACGAGGGUACAACAAAAUGUAGCUUUUACGUACAAUGGUCAGGUUGUCCUAGACACACCCUUACCUCUGAAAAGCCACAAAAAUUGCAGGAUAUCAUACAUCAAACCAAUUGCAGUCUCUUUAUCUGAGAGAGCUCAAUUUGUAGUAAAAGGCUUUAAUCUUUCUCGUUCCACCACAAGGUUGCUCUGUGCUCUAGAAGGGAAGUAUCUAGCCCAAGAAACUUGUUAUGACUUGAUGGAUAGUGCUGAUACAACCGUUGAGCAUGAUGAGCAACAGUGCCUCAGAUUCUCCUGCUCUAUACCAAAUGUUACUGGCCGAGGAUUCAUUGAGGUUGAAGAUCAUGGUCUCAGCAGCAGCUUCUUUCCAUUUAUAGUUGCAGAGCAAGAAGUAUGUUCAGAGAUUUGUAUGUUGGAGGGUGCGAUUGAGGUGGCUGAAACUGCUGAUGACAUCCAGAGUGAACCAGAAAAAUUGGAAGCCAAGAACCUAGCUAUGGACUUUCUACAUGAAUUGGGUUGGCUUCUUCAUAGAAGUCACACUAAGUUUAGACUUGGUCACAUGGAUCCCAACUUAGAUCUUUUUCCUUUUAGACGGUUCAGGUUGCUUAUGGAGUUCUCCAUGGACCAUGAUUGGUGUGCUGUAGUGAAGAAACUCUUGGGCAUUCUGUUUGAGGGUACUGUUGACGCUGGAGAGCAUCCUUCCAUUGAGCUUGCAUUAUUGGAUAUGAGCCUCCUCCACAGAGCUGUGCGAAGAAAGUGCAGGUCUAUGGUGGAACUCUUGUUAAGGUUUGUCCCAGAUAAAGGUUUAGAUAAAACAGGGUCAGAGCAGAAGCAACAAGUUGACAGGGAUGGAAACAAUUUCUUAUUUAAACCCGAUGCAGUUGGGCCCAUGGGGUUGACUCCUCUUCAUGUUGCAGCCAGUACUGAUGGCUGUGAGAUCAUAUUGGACGCCUUAACUGAUGAUCCUGGAAAGGUGGGAAUUGAAGCAUGGAAAUAUGCUAGAGACGGUACAGGAUUGACACCAAAUGAUUAUGCAUGCCUGCGAGGCCGCUACUCCUAUCUCCAUAUUGUCCAGAGGAAAAUCAGCAAGAAAUUAGAAAGCGGGCAGGUGGUGCUUGAUAUCCCUGGCACUAUCUUAGACAGCAUCAGCAAGCAGAAGCAAGCAGAUGGACAUAAAUCCGCAAAAGUAGCCAGCUUGGAGACUGAAAAGAUUGAAAUAAAAACAAUGCAGGGACAUUGUAAGUUAUGUGAAAUGAAACUAGCUUAUGGCAACACAAGGUCACUGGUGUACAGGCCGGCAAUGCUGUCAAUGGUAGCCAUUGCUGCUGUCUGUGUUUGUGUAGCCUUGCUCUUUAAAAGCUCGCCUGAAGUUGUUUACGUGUUCCAGCCCUUCAGGUGGGAACUCUUGAAGUAUGGCCCAAGCUAAGGCAGUUAAUCAUGUUAAGUCUGAGUUAUUGUCACACCGUGGCUCUAGGCCAUUUCUGUUAAUCCUAUAUUUACCUAUAACUCUAUAGGGAACGUAUGUACCGGUUUUCUGUAUCCGUUAAGAUUUGAUGGGAGGUGUACUGUAUGUAUUAAUGGUAGUUCAUAUAAAGUAUGUAUAGGGAAAGUUUCGAGUACAUACAAGUAUUGACUAAUUAUAUAGACAUGAUGGCAUAUACUUUAUUUGUUUAAUUUCUUUUUUAAAAUACAACAUUGGUUUGCUUAAACCCAA